UCAGGCUGUCUAGUCACAGAGGAAGGCUGUGCUUCUCUGGUCUCAGCUCUGAGGUCAAACCCCUCACACCUGAGAGAGCUGGAUCUGAGUAACAAUGACCUGAAGGAUUCUGGAGUGAAGCUGCUCUCUGCUGGACUGGGGAAUCCCCACUGUAAACUGGAGACUCUGAGGCUGUCAGGCUGUCUAGUCACAGAGGAAGGCUGUGCUUCUCUGGUCUCAGCUCUGAGGUCAAACCCCUCACACCUGAGAGAGCUGGACCUGAGCUACAAUCACUACAAUCACCCAGGAGACUCAGGAGUCAGACUGCUCUCUGCUGGACUGGAGGAUCCACACUGCAGACUGGAGAAACUCAAUGUGGAACAUGGUGGAGAGAACAGAAUGAAACCUGGGCUUAGAAAAUAUGUCUGUGAUCUCACACUGGACCCAAACACAGGAAACAGACUCCUCUCUCUGUCUGAGGAGAACAGAAAGGUGACAUGUAGGACAGAGGAGCAGCCAUAUCCUGAUCACCCAGAGAGAUUUGAGGACUGUAGGCAGGUGCUGUGUAGAGAGGGUCUGACUGGGCGCUGUUACUGGGAGGUAGAUUGGAAUGGGAGAAGGGCUGAUAUAGGAGUGACAUAUAAAGGAAUCAACAGGAGAGGAAGGGUUGAGGACUGUAGUCUUGGAUACAAUGACAAGUCCUGGAGUCUGGACUGCUCUGACUACAGUUAUAUUGCCUGUCACAAUAAUAAUGACACUACCAUAGAUGUCCCCUCCUCCAGCUUCCACAGAGUGUGUAUCUGGACUGGCCAGCCGGCACUCUGUCCUUGUACAGAGUCUCCUCUGACACACUGACCCACCUCCACACAUUCACCUCCACGUUCACUGAGCCACUCUAUCCAGGGUUUAGGGUUCAUGAUGAUACCUCAGUGUCCCUGUGUCAAACACAUGAUGUUUCACUCUAAUCAGGGUCAUGUUCAGUAAGACACCCUGGAGCAACAAUGUAGAAUAUCUCUCUAGUGUGUAAACAUAUGAUUGUAUAUAUUCAUGAAUAAACACCAUUGAAGUUGAAAGACAUUGUCAACUAGAGUCAUUCAUUAAUAUAAUGAAUCACCACACUGAGUUGUUAAAACAGGUUUAAUUUACAAAUCACUGAUCUUGUUGUUUUUUUCUCCCCAAUUUCAUGGUUUCCAAGUAGUUAUAGUCAUGUCUCAUCGCUGCAACUCCCAUACGGACCAGACACCUAGGUAUUUGUAGUUGUCCACAUAUUCUAAGUCAGAACCAUCCCGAGUAGUGA